AUGGCGCCGAUUGACCUCGCACUCGAAUACAUACAAGUUCUAGACCCCAAAGAAAAGAUAAACUAUACUCAGAUUGCCAAGAAGUUCGGCAUCGAUCGAUCAACGCUGUCAAGGCGACAUCGCCAAAUUACGGGUUCAAAGGAAGACCAAUACUAUGCCCAAGCCCUGCUGAAUAAGGAUCAAUCGGAGGUCCUGAUCACACUAGUCAAUGGGCUUGAGAACCGUGGAGUUUCUAUCACAAGCUCGGAGUUGGCGGAGUUUGCAAAAGCGAUAUGUGGGAAAGACCCUGGGAAGAAUUGGGCUUCGCGUUGGGUGAAGCAUCAUUCUGAUAAGCUGAAUUCUCAGAAAGACAAAAAGGGGGAAGACGAUGCAGGUGACGAAGCCUAA